AUGGAUCAUUAUCACGCAGAAGGGCCAGAGCCCAUUGCUAUAGUGGGUAUAGGUUGCCAGCUGCCUGGGAAUAUUCGGAGUACAACGGACUUCUGGAAUUUUCUGAUGUCUGAGGGCUGUUCCAAAACCGACAGGGUGCCUAGCUCGCGAUUCAACAUUGACGCCUAUCUUCAUUUGGAUAAUGGGCGACCUGGAAGCUUCAAUGUCCCGGGUGGGCACUUUCUACACGAUGAUCCUCACGCAUUUGAUCCUAGCUUGUUCAAGAUAUCCCCGGUUGAGGCCAUGUGGAUGGAUCCGCAGCAGAAGAAGUUGUUGGAAGUCGUCUACGAGGCUUUGGAGAACAGUGGGACUACUCUUGAGGACGCAGCCGGCCGAAACACGGGCUGCUAUAUUGGAUGCUUUUCUUAUGACUUUCAAUUCAUGACGAUGAAGGAGCCCGACUUUAGGCACGCCUAUACGGCGACGGGUGUUGAUACAGGUAUACUCGGAAACCGUAUCAGCUACGUCUUUGACCUUAAGGGCCCCAGCCUAACUGUCAAUACUGCUUGUUCGUCAUCGUUAUACGCCCUGGAUCUUGCCUGCAAGGCGAUUUCUACUGGCGAAUGCGAUAGUGCUAUAGUAGGAGGCACUAAUAUCAUUAUGACUGUAGAUCAGCAUAUGAAUACGGCUAAGCUGGGGGUUUUGUCCCCGAGUAGUCGAUCACGCCCCUUUGACCAGGCGGCCGACGGGUAUGGACGAGCUGAAGGUGUGGGAGCUCUAUAUCUCAUGCCGCUAAGCUUGGCUAUUCGGGAAGGGAAACCUGUUCGUGCGGUAAUUAGGGCUACCGCAACCGGGAGCAAUGGUAAGCAUGGAGAUGGGGUCAGUGGUAUCACUCAUCCGAGUAUAGAGGGCCAAGCAGAUGUCAUCUCCUUGGCCUAUAGGCUGGGGAAAUUGUCGCCGAGUGAGACGAGAUAUGUAGAGUGCCACGGUACCGGAACUCCUAUUGGAGAUCCUGCCGAAGUAAAAGCUAUUCACAAGGCGAUGGGCGCUUCUAGACCCCGAGAAGAUCCUAUACUUAUCGGGAGCGUAAAAUCGAAUAUCGGCCACAGCGAGGCGGCUAGUAGUAUAGGAACCUUGAUUAAGGCGGUGCUGGCUCUAGAGAACGGCAUCAUUCCUCCAACCGCCGGUGUUACGAAACUCAGUACGAGCAUACCUUGGGACGAAAUGAAUGUCAAGGUAGUUACAAAGCCUACUGGGUUUCCAGCUUCUGCGUCGUCGCGCCGGAUUGGCGUCAGCGCAUACGGGUAUGGAGGAACAGUAGCACACGCUGUUCUCGAAAGCGCACGGUCUGUCGCGCCUGAAUAUUCCGCGCACAGAUCCAUGCGCCAUCUUAAGGGUAUAGAAGAUGAACUGGGGUGCGUAGAGCCUGACGCCGGUCGGCCGCAUUUGCUGCUCUUUUCGGCCCAUGAUAGACCGACGCUCCAGAACAACAUCGAGGCGUUUUCAACUCGCUGCCAGGACGCCUCUCUUGUUGACCUUGCUUACACUUUAGGGCUUCGCAGGACGAAGUUCCAGGAGCGAGCUUUCGCUGUUGCCCGUAGAGAAAGCUUCGAGUCUGACGUAAAAGGCGCGCUCUGCGAAAUCAGCUCGGCUCCCCAAGAAGCAGCAUGUCUAGCCUUUGUGUUUACAGGUCAAGGUGCACAAUGGCCGCAGAUGGGCGCGACAUUGUUGAACGUAUUUCCAUCUGUUCUCCAGACGAUUCGCCGACUAGAUCGUCACUUGUCCACACUUUCGGUUCCGAAUUCGUGGAAUAUUGAAGAGAUUUUGACGAGCUCGAAAGAUGCGAACUUGAUGGAUGAUCCUCAAUACUCUCAACCGUUAUGUACGGCCGUGCAGAUCGCCGUCGUCGACUUGCUAACCCAUUGGGGAGUAAGGCCCUCUGCUACGAUCGGGCAUUCAUCUGGCGAGAUGGCCGCGGCUUACGCUGCUGGACUCAUCUCUGCAGAGGCCGCAAUCGCUGCUGCCUACUUUCGUGGACUAGUAGCCGCGAAUCUCAGCACGGAUGGUGCAAUGAUUGCUGUAGGAAUCGGCCCGGAAGAAGCUAGUCGUCUUGUUGACGAGCUUUCGUGCAACUCCGCGGUAGUUGUGGCUUGCCAUAACUCGCCCAAUAGCACUACCCUCAGCGGCGAUCGAGAAUCCGUAGAACGGCUUAAGGAGUUUUUUGACGAGAAGAAGAUCUUUGCGCGUAUGCUAAAGACGAAUGGAAAGGCUUAUCACUCGCACCAUAUGAAGGACGUCGCUGCAAGGUAUAUGGAGUUUCUAGAAAAGGAGCCAAGUCUGAUUUCGAACGCUCUCGCAAAAGUCCCCAUGUUUUCGACCGUCAGAACGGAAAAGCUGAACUACACAGAGGGAAGAAUUCCUGGAUCUUACUGGGUGGACAACCUUACCAACCCGGUUCUUUUCGAUCAAGGGGUCCAGUCCAUGUUAAACGAAAUGCCAGAGAUCAACCUUCUCGUAGAGGUUGGACCUCACUCGGCCCUGAGCGGCCCUAUCCGGCAAAUAUGCCAGGCCAUUAAUAAGAAAGGUGUAGGCUACCUGCCAACGCUCAAGAGAAAAGAGCAUGAUGGGGAUCAGAUGCUCCGACUUGCCGGAAGCCUAUGGAUAAGAAAUGCCGAUAUUGAUAUCGCCGCCGUAACCCAGGUUGAGAAGUUGCUUGAUAAUGGAUCGAUUGACGUGAGGACGGGAUCGCUCCUCGUUGAUCUUCCCACCUACCACUGGACAUAUCCGAAGCAUAGCUUUGCCGAAUCGCGCACCAGUAGAGAGCAACGCGCUAUGAAAGAGCCGCGUCAUGAUAUUCUUGGCCGUCGCGUCGCUGGUACCUCAGCAUUAGAAUUUCUCUGGCGGAAUAUCCUGCGUCAGAAAGAUAUACCUUGGAUAACCCACCAUCGUCUUGGGGGCGAGGUGAUGCUCCCAGCAACGGGAUACCUUGCGCUAGCUAUUGAAGCAAUUACACAGGUGAAUAUGGAAUCUAGAGAUCCAAUCGAGAUUCAUAGCUACACUAUGCGGGAUGUAGCCAUUACAUCCGCCAUCGUGGUUCCAGAUGAUGAUGAAGGGACCGAGACGUUAUUUCGCCUUCAGCCCGUGGACAAUCAGCUCGGCGCGUCUAAGAAUAGAGACGCAACGCGGUGGUUCUGGUUCUUCGUCUCAUCAUGUUCAUAUGGCGCGUGGAUAGAAGCCGCAACGGGUUUGGUUGCUCUUAAUGUAAAGGGCCGGGCCUCCGAUUACAAGCCUCAAGUGCUGCCUGAUACUCCCCAUCGUGCUUCCUAUAUCGAUUGGCUCGAGAAGAACCGUACUGUAGGUUUCGAUCAUGGACCAGCAUUUCAUCAUAUCAGUGAUAUAUACACGAACGAGAAAUUGCAUGUCGCUCGGGGAGAUAUAAGAAUCAGUAAAGAAUGCGGUCUGAUGCGUGCAGAGUCUCGAUACGUAUUGCAUCCCGCCGUUCUAGAUGCGUGCCUCCAACCUUUUCAUGCGACGAUGCACAGAGGGAAAAUUGACGACCUGCGAUGCGGCGUGAUCCCGACGCACUUUGGCGAGACUACUAUCUUUCCCCCGUCGGAUGAGCAGCUUGCUAGCCGAUGUGUGGUGCAGACUUGGUGUCCGCAGCUGGGUAACAGAGCAUUUUCGUCUAACGUGCAGCUCAUCGCACACGACGGACAACUCCUAGUCGAUAUGACUGAUUCGAGGUCACUCUUGUACAGGUCUGCUCUUCCACGAGGGAUCCAAGAAAAUCCCCAACAAGAUCUCUAUGUCAAGCUAGACUGGAAAAUCGACGCUGACUAUCUAAGCUGGGCAAACGAGGCGGGAGUUCUGUCGGAUCAGCCAUUAGCCACUAUCGUGAAUUCCAUGCUGCAUAAAAAUCCUGAUAUGCACGUUUUAUCUCUUGGCGACUCUCUUGUUCCGGUCGUUCUCGAAAUCAAGUCGUCCCUUGAGAUAACCAUCGCGGCUCCGUGCCAGGAAAUCAAAGAUGUUCUCAAAGCCCGGUAUUCUGCGUAUAAAGCGCUGAGCUUCGUUGAUCUUGAUGCUGGCGCUCCCGACAUUGUUAAGUCAAAUACAAGAUACGACCUGAUUCUUGCUUCGGCGAUCGACCAGGUUCGGAUGGCGACUUUAGAGCCGGUCCUUAGAGUUCUUAAUCCAGCUGGCACUUUAAUCCUUCUGACGAGUGCGGAUGAGAGUCAAGUAUGGAAUCGUACCCUAGAAGAUGUUGGAUUCUCCUGUGUUAUCGACCAAGCGUUGCCUGACGGCACCGUCACGAAGAUAGCCGUACACCUAAGCCCUUCAAUUUCAAACGGCGUCAAGUCGCACUGCGGCAAUAUUAAACUUGUUUAUCGAGACUCGCCCUCGCCGCUUGUAUCGGUGGUCUCUGACAGGUUCAAGAAUUACGGCUGGAACGUAAAUUCGUUACCAAUUAGCUCCGUCGACAAGGGCUCGGGCGAGCAAGUCAUUCUACUAGAUGACGCCGAUAUUCCGUUACUCGCGUGUCUAAACGAGCAAGAUUUGGCCGGGCUGAUAAACCUUACCGAGAGCGCAUCAGCAUUCACUUGGGUGACGUGCGGCGGCCUGCUCACCGGCGAUAAACCGGAGUGCGGCAUGACUGCGGGCGCCGCUCGGACGCUCCGCCGGGAGAAAGGGUCUCUGGAUCUCGUGACUGUCGACUUCGAUGCUGAAAACACGCCGAGGACUCGCGUAGCCGCGCUCCUUACAGACAUAGCUGACCGUCAGAGGACUAAGGGUAGGAAUGGGGAGGUUGAAUAUUAUUUGAGGGACGGUAUCGUUCACAUAGGACGUCUCAUCCCGCAUCAUGACCUGAAUAGGCAGUUUGUACCCAACCCCAACGAAACCACUCCGGUUUACCAGCGCGAUCAUCCAGCAGUACGGGCGGAAAUUAAGAACGGGACGCCAAUUUUUCUCUUGGAUAACGACCGAGUGUCAGGGCCUAUACAACCUUAUGAAGUAGAAGUACACGUUGCAGCCAUAGGCCUCUCGGCGUUUGACGGCGCCGACGAGUCGACAUUUCUCAGUCAUGAGAUAGUUGGAACUGUGACGCGCGUUGGGAAGCAAGUGGACAACUUACAGCCUGGCACGAAAGUGGCUGGAUUCGCACUAGACCGUCUCGCAACUUUCCAGCGGACUUCUCCAGAACUUGUGCAGCCCCUACCGCAUAAUUAUAAUUCCUCGUUGAAGGAGGCGGCGACCUUGCCCUCCGCGUUCGCCACCGCUAUCUACGGUCUGGAGAUCUUAGCGAGAAUGGAGCCGAUAGAAAAUGUAGUGAUCAUCGACGGUAUGGGUGCAGUUGCCUUGGCCGCGAUUCAACUCUGUCGCGUGUCUAAGGCGAAUGCCAUCGUCGUUACCUCGUCGGCUGCCGCAGAAGACUAUAUCCGGGAUAAUAAGCUACUCCCAUCGGAUCGUAUAAUCAAUAGCAGCAAUUCCGGUAUCGGUUUAAAGUUGCAGGAGGCAACAGCUGGGAAAGGAGUUGAUGUAAUACUCUGCUCGACAGCUACCGAUAAAGCGACCGUCGUUGAGUGUAGUCGAGAACUGACACUGUUUGGUAGAGUAGUGACGUUUGGUCAUACGAGCAACUAUAACCCUAUCAUAUCUUCAUUGUCGACAGAGGCCAAGAGUAUAAGUCUCUUUCAUUUCGAUAUUGCUGAGAUUAUUCGGCACAGGAAAGGGUCAAUAGCAAGGGUUCUCGAGCGAUGCAUGAAACUAUAUGCUGCAGGAGAUAUCGAACCACUUCGUCCGCUUAAUGUCAUCGGGCCUACCGAAAUUAGUGAGGCUCUGCAGUCUAUCCCAAGUGAUAUGAUAUCGGGCAAGAUCGUCGUUUCUUACGACCAAGAUGCGCUUUUCAAGGUCGUCCCUUCACGAGAACAACUAAGGUUCAAGGAGGAUGUCACUUACCUAAUGGUAGGUUGUCUCAGCGGGCUUGGACGUCAGGUCGCUCUCUGGAUGGCGGAUCGGGGUGCGAAACACCUUGCCUUUAUAUCGCGGACAGGUACCGACAAUCCCGUAGCCGCAAUGACCGUUCAGUCCCUCCGAGACAGAGGGACUGAAGUAUUGGUGUUGCGUGCGAAUAUAACCUGUCGAGACGAGCUUACCGAAGCCAUCGCCAAGCUCGAUCCUGCCUUUCCCAUACGCGGCAUCGUCAACGCGGCUACCGUCUAUCGCGAUGCUACUUUUUGGAACAUGACAAUAAGCGCCUGGCAAGAAGUAGUCGAUACGAAAGUUAGGGGUUGUUUGAACCUGCACGAGGUGCUCAAACACGAGACCCUUGACUUCUUCGUCAUGACCAGCUCCAUCUCAGCAACUCUAGGCUCUAGUGGGCAAACCAAUUAUAGCGCCGCAAACGCAUUUCUCGAUUCUCUAGCACGCCACCGUCGAGCGCGCGGCCUUCCCGCCGUCUCGCUCAUCCUCCCGGCCGUCUUUGGAAUCGGCCACAUCGCUGACGACCCUGAGCUCGAGAAGUCUAUCAGAAUGAAGGGCAUGUACGGAAUCCGGGAGAAAGAGAUGCUCGAAGCAUUUGAAGUGGCUAUGACACCGCAGAGCAAACUACCCUCCGAUUUCGACCACGUCGUAGUAGGCAUUCAGCCCCGUCGCUUCGGGCACGCCGUCAAGACGUCCGGUGUUCAUGCUCCUUGGGAAGGUGAUCCACGGCUCAGUUGGAUAGCAACUGCGGUAGAAGGGGAGACCGGGAAUGAGAAGACGUUGGGAGCCAGUAGUACGGAUAACAUUAUGACUACGAUCCGAGAAGCGUCUAGCGGAGCGCAGGCCGUCGAGGCCGUCACAGAAUAUUUAAGUCGGCGGCUAGCAAGAUUGCUAAUGACUGACAAUGAAGUCAUCCAGGCGACACGCAAAUCGCUCGCAAGCCACGGGCUCGAUAGCAUGAUUGGCGCCGAGUUCCGCAACUGGAUAUUCCGCGAAUUCAAAGUCGACGUACCAUUCCAACAACUUUUAGCGGGCAGCUUAACAAUUGCGGAUUUGGCAGCGAUGUUAUGUGAGAAAGCUACCAAAACAUGA